UCAAUUGGAUGCUGAGGUGGGAGGAGCCGGAGCUCGUCAGCAAAGCUGAGGUGCAGAGACCGGACUGGCUGGAGAAUGUUUGACACUUGGCUGUUCGGCUCGGUGCGACUGUGACCUUUCUUUGUGUUUCACUGGACUUCUCUUUUCCUGGGAGUAAAGAAAGACCUCUGCCCACUCCGAACUCCUGGAUCUCUCCUGUGAGCUGCAGCAGAAAAGCUCGUCAGCAAUUGGAAACUUUGCUUUCACUCGCCAGCACCAUGGACAGCCCGGACUUCGACAACCUGGAUGCCGUCGGUUUCCUUCAGAUUUGGCAGCGAUUUGACGCUGAUGAUAACGGCUACAUUGAAGGCAAAGAACUGGAUGAUUUUUUCCGUCACCUCAUGAAGAAACUUGGUACUGAAGACGACCUGAGUGCUGGAAAGGUCCAGAAAAUGAAAGAGCGAUUUAUGUCGGCGUAUGACAUCACUGCUGAUGGAAGACUGCAAAUCCAGGAGUUGGCAAACAUGAUCCUCCCUGAAGAUGAGAACUUUCUCCUGCUAUUCCGACGUGAGACUCCAUUGGAUAAUAGUGUGGAUUUCAUGCGGAUCUGGCGUAAAUAUGAUGCAGACAGCAGUGGAUACAUUUCAGCCACUGAGCUCCGAAACUUCCUGAGAGACCUGUUCCUUCAACACAAAAGAAUUAUUUCAGAUGACAAGCUGGAUGAAUACACUGACACUAUGAUGAAAUUUUUUGAUAAAAACAAAGAUGGCCGCCUGGACCUCAAUGACUUGGCAAGGAUUCUGUCACUGGAAGAAAAUUUCCUUUUACAGUUCAAAAUGGAUGCCUGUAGCCUGAAGGACAGACAGAAAGACUUUGAGAAGAUUUUCUCACAUUAUGAUGUGAGUAAAACUGGAGCUCUGGAAGGUCCUGAAGUAGAUGGAUUUGUCAAGGAUAUGAUGGAGUUGGUGAAAUCAAGUAUUACUGGAGUUGACCUUGACAAGUUCCGUGAAAUUCUCUUGCGUCACUGUGAUGUAAACAAGGAUGGAAAAAUCCAAAAAUCUGAGCUAGCCCUGUGUCUUGGACUGAAAAUAAACCAAUGAGUCAACCACGCGAUGGACGAUUCUACACUGUUACCGCAUAACAGAAUGCAAUCUUUACUGUCAAACAUUUAACUGGCAACAUUACUCAAGGUCUUUGAAGCACCACACUGCUACUUGUUUAAAAAGGGAGAGGUAGGGGGAGGGGAGUUGGGGGAAAUCUAAUUAUCCAAUCAGUCAGUUCAAAACUUAUCUUGAAAAGUUGCUAACAGGUCAGAGGCUUUUUAAUUUGCAUGCACAGAUUUGCCAUUAGAUUUCCAUUUCAAUAUUAAUGUAAAUUAAAAGAUUGCAGUAGACUUUAAUUGGAACAUUGACAUGCAUGGAUGUAACUCCUUCCAAGCAUUUUCACAUCAUAGGUGCAAAACACUGUCUAUGCAUUUUGACGGAAUGGUUAUAUGAAUUCAGCAGUAUUAAUACUUGUGUGACUAAGAAUAAAAACAAGUGUGUGCUCCCAAAAAUAACAAAGCUUUGUGAAAUAUUAAGUAUAUUUUAAGAAAAAGUGGAAGACAUAAGUAUCAGGCAGCAAUAUCUCCACAGUGCCUCUAUUAGCAUCAAGUAGUAAAUUAAUUAAGACACAUUUGAUAAGCUAUCAGUGAAAUCUGUAGUCAUAUUCGAUGAGCAGCAUACCUGCGGUAUCUGUUCAAUUUUUACGCAUUUGGUCUGCAGUACAUCUAUUGCUGUGUAUUGAAGAAUUAACUGGUAAAUAAUGUUUUGUUUUGCCAAGCACUCUAGUGCCGAUUGUACCUUUGCAUGCUACGUUGCUGUGUUUGUUUUAACUGUCCCACCAUGUUAGGCACAGAUAUUUGCUAUGAAAUCUAUAGCUGUGGUGCUAGAGAAUAAUAAAGCAUGGUAGUGCUAGUCAAAUAGAA